AUGAUGCUGACCAGCACUCCCUCCAGAAGCAAUUGCAUCACAAGUCAGAUCUCCGGGAUCAGUGAUUACCCAUCAUCAGUCGAGUGAGUUGGCCCUUGAAUUAUUUAACAUAGACACAGUACACCAAAUAAAUUUAGUUUCUUUCUCAUAGAAAUUCUUCUAUUUCCAGCUUCACCACCUCAUCCACCAUCAUCAAAGAGUACACCAAGCAAUGGAAACGUCAUCAGAAGUCGCAGAUUCCCCUUUUCAAACGGUUUCUCCAUCAAUUCCACAAGCUUGUGGAGUCCCGUUCUGGCCAUUACGAGUUCCCUCCCACCCAUGAACAGCAUCAGUCCAUUGUCCUAGUCAAUUUCCGGGUUCAUCGAGAUUGA